AUGCAACUUCCACCUCUUCCACCUACCAACCCACUCGCAAAACUCUACGCACUAGCGAAACGGAAGACAGUAAAAUUGCAAAAAGAUAAGAAGCUCCCGCUGAGAAUUCGAUGCAUCAAUUGGAACUUUUAUGAGAAACUCCGUCUGGAAUUCAAAGGAACUGCUCCUGCCAGAAAGAGGAGGAGUCACGACGAGUCAGGGGGAGGAUCUCCGGUGAAGAAGCAAGCGAAAAUGGAAGACGUCGGGAGUCAGAAGACGUCGGAGACACCGGAUGUGGCUGAGCAGGAAAACAUCAACUCGGCACCACUUUGGGACUAA